AUGGGCGCAAAUGGGCAAAAGUGGGAAUUCUCUUAUCGCGUAAUGCCCGCCGCCCCAGAGCCUCGGAAACGCUGCCCCCCCUCCUCCUCGUCGAGCUCGGCUCCGUACCCGUGCUCGAAAGUCGUGUAG